CCUGUCACAUUGCUCGAUUCCAACCGCCUGGCCAUGGUCUCCGAUCCCAGAAACUUCUGCCUCCGGCCGCGUCACGGGCGAUGAGUUCGCUUCUUUGAUGCCAGCGGCGGCGCGGAUGACAUGGUUGUCGACUUGCCGGCGAACGGAGCCGUCGGAUCACCGGCGGCGGAGGUGGAGGCCGGGGCUUCUCCCGGGAACUCUCCUGUGAUCAAGACCAAAGGCCGUGGGCUCCGUCGGUGGCGCCGUAUCCCGCGGGAGCAGCGCAAGGAAGGGUCCUCCUGCCCCGGCGCUGUUGGCGUCGGCGGUGCGGCUGACGAGGGCUCGGCGCAGCUGCACAAGCGCCGUAUACUCCUACGCGCCGACGCGCCGAGGGCGAAGCACGAGGUGGCGUUGUUGGAGGAGAGCUCCACCGCCUCCGUCGAGUCCCGCUUCGUCCCGCUGGCGUCGCCUCCGCCUCCGGCGAGGCUGAACCCGAGUCUCGGCCUGCUCAUCGCCUCCUCCGGCUUCUCCGUCGGCGCGGGCGGCGGCGCCGAAUCCGACAACAGCGAGGACCGGAGCAGCGGCAAGUCCUCCACCGCCGCGAGUGGCGCCCCGCGCCGCCACGACCUCUCGCCCUUCGCCGCGUGCGACCGCGCCGCCGACAGGGCGCGCUCCUCCCUGCACGGAAAGAACCCCCGCGCCGCCUGGGCGCGAGCCGACAAGACGCGGCCCUACGCCGCCGCCGAGGCGGAGAAAUCUCGAUCCAGCGUGGAGUCCGACCUGCGCAGCUCCAACGCCGUGAACUCCCGGCAAUCGGGUGCCGGCGUUGCUGGCAACGGAAUCCGCAAGGUUCUUGCCGAUGAUUGUGAUCACAGCGACGUGGGGCAGUCCAGCGAUGAGCUCCGUUGGUCACCUUGCAAGGUGAAUGGAAGUGUGAUAGGGAGAUUGGCACAGGGGAGUGUUGAUUCUGAUGCUGAUAAUGCCAGGAGGAGUGUAGGGAAGAAUGGUUACAGUGGAUCAAGUAUACAAUCGAGUGCUGAUCCGUAUGCGGAAUCAAUUUUGUUGCUUCAGAGAACGCAAGAAGCGCUUGAGAAUGAGAUUCAAAAGUUUGCAGACAUUAGUAGAGAGUCAAGUGAUGAUUCUGAUGGCUGCCACGACGAUUGGAGUGGCACGGUCCAUCUCGAAGGAUCUCUUAAGGAAACAAGUGAAGAUGUAAAGGUUAUCGAGCCCAGGCUGGAAGAAGCAUCUUACCUUGGUCAGCUGUUCCUGGAGAAGACAGAAGCAGAGAUUCAGAGCAUCAUCCUGACAAGAGCUGCUCAAGCUUGGGCUCCCCUCGCCGAGGAUCAAAUUGCUCUCUAUAAUGCGCAGAAAUCUCUUUCAGGGGAUUACAAGCAACUUGAACUUAAACUGCAGCAUACUAAGAACCGAGCAAUGAUGUUAGAAGAUAUGGCUGAGAAGCUAAAAGCUGAAUGCAAAGAUCUAUCUGCGAUUUCAGAAGUCCUACGAUUCCAGUCUAGAGCAAGUAGGGUUUCACUCUUUUGUUUCAUCCAGUUUAUUUUGCUAAUUACUGCUAUAGUAACCUUGCUCGCGCCGUUAAUACCUUCUCCAACUGAGGAUUUAGUACCUACUUAAGCCUGGAACAGCAUAGAAAUAUCUGUCUAGACAUGCUUCUCAAGAAAGCUUUCCCUUGUAUUUUUUACGUAAUAGCUCUCUUGUGAUUUGUUAGGGCAUGAAGCUUAUAAAUUUUCUCUGUAACUCCGUUUUGAAAGAAAAAAACAGAGAAUCUUUAUAACAUGAACAGAGCAACUAGAUCUCUUGCU